AUGGCUCCUUCAGCGACAGACACCAAUUGGACUGUCGAUAACGAUGUCCUUCGCCGGGAGCGGCUCUUCAAGAACCCGCCCAAGGAUCACACUGCAUUCCCUGCGUUAGCGGCAGCCAUCCGGCCUCACAUCGAUUCUUUCAACGCGCUUUUCGACGGCAGCAAAGUCCUGGAAGCUGGAAUGAAAGAUAUUGGCACGAAGACAUUCCUAGACGGUGAUGUCGAGACACCAGAACAGAAGAAGGCACGGAAAGCGGAGGGACGGCGAGCCCCCAAGCGCAACAAGCUUAACGUUCGCAUCAAGGAAGUUUUCUUAGAGAAGCCGUCAAUUCCUGCCACCAACAAGUUCGCGACCCGCAACCGCAACGUCUACCCGUCAGAAGCGAGAGAGAGACAUGCCACUUAUCGUGGGAAAUUGCGCGCGAGACUUGAGUACCAAGUGAACAAUGGCGACUGGAUGGAGUCCAUCAGAGAGCUGGGCCAGGUUCCGAUCAUGCUUAGGACCAAUCGAUGCCAUCUGGAAAAGGCUACGCCUGAGGAGCUCGUCCAGCAUAAGGAAGAGUCGGAAGAACUGGGCGGCUACUUCAUUGUCAACGGUAACGAGAAGCUCAUUCGUAUGUUGGUUGUUGGCAAGAGAAACUUCCCUAUGGCGAUCGUCCGUAACUCCUUUGUUCGUCGUGGCCACACAUACACCAAAUACGGUAUCCAAAUUCGAUCAGUGCGUCCCGAUCAGACCUCGCAGACGAACGUUCUCCACUAUCUGAGUGAUGGAAAUGUCACCUUCCGUUUCUCAUGGCGGAAGAGCGAAUACCUCGUCCCAGCCAUGAUGAUCUUGAAGGCUCUAGUCGAGACCAAUGACCGCGAAAUCUUCGAAGGCAUCGUCGGCAGCGCUUCAUCCAAGGGUGUCAGCAACACAUUCGUCACCGAUCGUGUGGAGCUGCUGCUCAGAACCUACAAGGGCUAUAAUUUGCAUUCUCGCUCUUCCUGCCGAGCUUAUCUGGGUGAAAAGUUCAAGCCCGUGCUUGGUGUUCCAGCAGAUAUGUCUAAUGAGGAUGCUGGCACAGAGUUCCUGCGCAAGGUUGUUCUGCCUCACCUUGGUAACCAGAAUGUUACCGGAACCCAGGAUUACGACAAGUUCAAGCUGGUCAUGUUCAUGAUCCGGAAGCUGUAUGCGCUUGUCGCGGGAGAUUGCGCCCCUGACAACCCGGAUGCUGUUUCCAAUCAAGAAAUCUUGCUUGGUGGAUUCCUCUACGGUAUGAUCCUUAAGGAAAGGCUGGAGGAAUGGGUGAGGUCAUUUGGCCCUAUCCUGAGAGACUGGUCCAAUCGUAACAGCGGCGCCAAAUUCACAGACCCAGCUUUUGAGCGUGACUUUCUUAGCAGAGUCGUCAGGAGAACCAAUGAGAACAUUGGUGGUGCACUUGAGUACUUCCUGUCGACUGGUAAUCUCGUCAGUCCUACAGGUCUCGAUUUGCAGCAGACAAGCGGUUACACGGUCAUGGCCGAGAAGAUCAACUUCUAUCGAUUCAUCAGUCAUUUCCGAAUGAUUCACAGAGGUAGUUUCUUCGCACAGCUGAAGACGACCACUGUCCGUAAGCUGCUUCCUGAGAGUUGGGGCUUCUUCUGCCCAGUCCACACUCCUGAUGGAGCACCCUGUGGUCUUCUCAACCAUCUUGCUCACAAGUGUUUCAUCUCUACUAGCGAUGUCAACGUCUCUCAACUGCCCAAAUUGUUGGUUCAACUUGGUGUGCGUUCUGAGUCGUCUGUGUCUCUGGAAGAAAGUGUCACAGUGCAACUGGACGGCAGAAUUAUCGGUUACUGUUCGCCGAAGCAGGCCCGCCAGAUUGCUGAUACCGUUAGACACUGGAAGGUGCAAGGCACAAACAACAUCCCACGGGAACUUGAAAUCGGUUAUGUGCCGAAUUCGAAUGGUGGUCAAUAUCCUGGUGUCUAUAUGUUCUCGCAAGCCGCCAGAAUGUACAGACCUGUCAAGUAUCUGCCUCUUGACAAGCUCGACUAUGUGGGCCCCUUCGAACAACCUUUCAUGGAAAUUGCAUGCUUGCCAGAUGAUCUCGUUGCUGGCGUAUCUACUCACAUCGAGUUCACGCCGACAAACAUCCUCUCCAUCGUCGCCAACAUGACGCCAUUCUCCGACUACAACCAGUCGCCCCGUAACAUGUAUCAGUGCCAGAUGAGCAAACAAACGAUGGGUACUCCCGGCACGGCGAUCCAAUACCGCACAGACAACAAGCUGUACCGGCUACAGACUGGACAAACGCCUAUUGUACGUCCUCCACUGUACAAUGCCUACGGUCUAGACAAUUUCCCGAACGGCACAAAUGCUGUUGUUGCCAUUAUUUCGUAUACUGGCUACGACAUGGACGACGCUAUGAUCAUCAACAAGUCAUCCCACGAACGCGGCUUCGGUCAUGGUACCAUCUACAAAACCAAGAUCCACUCUCUCGACGAUAAAGACUCUCGACGAAGCAAAUCCAGACGUGAGAUCACAAAGCUCUUCGGCUUUGCUCCCGGAGGUGAGAUUCGUGCUGAGUGGCGUACGACCCUCGAUGAGGAUGGUCUUCCGCACGUGGGUGCCAGAGUCAAGGAAGGAAGUCUCGUUGCGGCGUGGCACACGGUUCGCUAUGAUGCCUCGUCGGACUCUUACGUGAACGUCGACGGAAUCACACACUUUGUCAAGUAUAAAGACGCUGAAGAAGGAUACAUUGACAGCAUCCGGAUCAUGGGUGCUGAGACUGGUCUGGAGCCUUGCCAGGCACUCAGCGUCAAAUACCGUGUACCUAGAAAACCCAUCAUUGGUGACAAGUUCUCGUCUCGUCACGGACAGAAGGGUGUCUGCUCUCAACUGUGGCCUGCAGUUGAUAUGCCCUUCUCCGAGAGCGGUAUUCAGCCUGAUCUGAUCAUCAACCCUCACGCUUUCCCUUCACGUAUGACCAUCGCCCAGAUGAUUGAGUCCAUGGCUGGCAAAGCCGGUGCCCUGCACGGCCAUCCCCAGGACUCGACACCCUUCCAGUUCUCCGAGGAGAACACCGCCGCCGAUUACUUCGGCCAGCAGCUGCGCAAGGCCGGCUAUAACUACUACGGUAACGAGCCCCUCUACAGCGGCAUCACAGGCAAGGAGUUCGCCGCAGACAUCUUCAUCGGCGUCGUCCACUACCAGCGUCUCCGUCACAUGGUGAACGACAAGUUCCAGGUCCGUACCACCGGUCCCGUGAACCCGCUGACCGCGCAGCCCGUCAAGGGCCGUGCCAAGGGCGGUGGUAUCCGAGUCGGCGAGAUGGAGCGCGACUCGCUUAUUGCCCACGGUGCCGCCUUCAUCCUCCAGGACCGUCUGAUGAACUGCUCCGACUCCCAGCGCGCCUGGAUCUGCCGCGACUGCGGCUCCUUCCUUUCCACCCAGGUCGCCGUCUCCUCCGCCGGCUCCAGCAAGGCCCGUAUUGCCGCCACCAAGAACGCCUCGAGCCAGCACAGCGGUGCUCCGGGCGGCGCCAGCGGCAUCGUGCGCUGUCGCCGCUGCGCCCGCGAGGCCGUCUUCGAGGACUCCCGCGCCAUCGUGUGGGAGGACGGUGAUGGUCGCCGCUACGUGGGUGGAGACAAUGUCACCGUGGUCGCUGUCCCUGGUGUCCUGCGCUACCUCGACGUGGAACUGGCUGCUAUGGGUAUCAGAAUGAAGUUCCGGGUCGAUAAAUAA